GUUUCUAGCAGCUUGGCAUUUUACACGUACCACUUGGCGGCGCCAAUCUCUGUGAUGUUGCCUGCCGCACGUGGACAGAGCCUUCGUGCGGCCGAGCCUGUCGCGCGCGCCGCCGGAGUCGCGCGGCAACUGCCGAAGCCGCCGGCGACGCGUUCGGCGGCGUCCGGGCCGCUGAAACGGGUGGGUGUGCUGAGUGGCCUAGUGGCAGCUGGUGCAGCUUCCCGUCGGCCCACAUGCAGAGGUGUAGUGGCAAUGGCCGCGCGGGAGGUGAAAGCGGGCGAUGAGGUCUUUGUCAACUAUGAAGGCCGCCUCGCAGAGGACGGCACCGUGUUUGACACGCGGGAAGGCAAAGGUCCCAUCAGCUUCACCGUGGGCCUGGGACAGGUGGUCCCUGGCUUCGACAAAGCGGUGCGGGGCAUGCAGGUGGGUCAGAAAUUGAAGGUCAAGAUCUCGCCUGAGGAUGCCUAUGGUCAGCGAUCAGAUGCGCUGAUCAUGAACAUCCCGGCGGACAAAGUGCCGAGUGACCUACAGGAGGGCAUGCAAGUCAUGCUGGGCGGCGGUUCCGAGAAGGUCCCUGCGACUGUGAAGCAGAUCCUCACCGAUGGCUCCGCCAUGCUGGACAUGAACCACCCGCUGGCCGGCAAGGCUCUGGCCUUCGAUAUCGAGCUGGUAGACAUCAAGGAGGUGAAGAUGGGAAUGGACGUGGUGGGCUGGAACGGCAAGAAGGUGAAGGUGCCCUUCGCUAUUGCAAGCAGCCUGGUGAGUCGAGCGCUGAAAGACCCCCAGUGGCCUGAGAAGUGGCCGUACACGGCGGCGGACUUCCGUCGCCAGGAUGAGUCGGAGGAUACCGGCUUCUACAGCCAGCCUCGCUUCGUCACCCACAUCGACCGCGAUGCCAUCGAGUCCAUCCGGAGCUUCUACGCGCUGCAGUUCGCCCAGGCGCCUCAGGGGGAGUACAGCGUGCUGGACAUCUGCAGCUCGUGGAUCAGCCACUACCCGGAAGGUUUGAAGGCCAAGCGGGUGGCGAUCACCGGCAUGGUGGAGAAGGAGCUUGAAGCCAACAAGCAGGCGACGGAGCACACAGCGGCCGACCUGAACAAGAAGCCGAAGCUGCCCUACGAGGACAACAGCUUCGACUUUGUGACCAACGUGGUGAGCGUGGAUUAUCUCACGAAGCCCAGGGAGGUCUUCCAGGAGAUGCAUCGCGUGCUGAAGCCCGGAGGGGUUGCCAUCAUGUCCUUCAGCAACCGCUGCUUCUUCACAAAGGCUAUCUCUAUGUGGGUGGCGGACAUGAGCGAUGGCCCGGGCCACUGCAGAAUCGUCGGCAACUACUUCCACUUCAACCCCGAGGGCGGCUGGAAGGACAUCACCUCGCUGGACAUCAGCAAGAGCCCGCAAUCCAACCCCAUGUGGGUAGUGACCGCCGUGAAAGCAUGAGCCACAAGCGCACAAUUGAUUCAUUAUUGCGAAGACCCUGGCAACAAUUAUGGAACUGGAAGGGUC